GAGGGGCAGGGCAGGGCAGGGGAGGGGGAGGGCACACUCGUUUCCAACACCGUCUCCCUCUUUUCUUUGCUCUCUCUCUCUCUCUCUCUCUCUCUCUCUUAUUAAGAGAGACUUCGUCUUUGUCACGCAAUAGCAAGAAGAGCGAGAGGCAAGAGCAAGAGCAAUAGGGUUUUUGUUUGGUUUUUGGAUUUCGAUGGACUGACGAGGGCGAUGACACCGUGAUCCGCUGUCGGCAGGUUUCCUUCAAUGUCGGCCGUCUUCGAUUUUGUCCACCAGCGCCUCGAUCGUCUUUCUUCGAAGCGCAAAUUGGAAGAUUAUGCUCCCACCGACGACGACGACGACGACGACGACGUCCUCGAGGGAGGCUUCUCUUCCGACCUUCUCUCCGUCAGGAUGAGGAAGCACGAGCCUAACGCCCUUCCCUCCAACUCCACUACCUCGAUCGCGCCACCUCACCACAAACAACCUCACCUUGAACCAAGAUUCUCGAAUGCCCCAUCCGGCCCUUCUUUAUCCUGGAUUCACUCCCUCUCUCGACUCCAAUUCUUCGUCAAAAUUGCCUCCGGUGGUAAUACCUUAGUAUUACACGCCAAUUCCGAGGACAGUGUGAAAUCGGUGCACGAGCGAAUUGAAGCUAUCACCAAAAUUCCGUUAAUCGAGCAGCGGCUGAUUUACAGGGGUAGGCAGCUCCAGUGGGAGCAAUCUUUGGCGGAGUGUUCCAUCGAAAAUGACGCUGGCCUUCAAUUGGUGGGUCGCUUACUGAGCACCCAUCACCCCCAGGCCUGGCAAGUGAUCGAGGACAUGGUUUGGUUGCUUUGCCGCAUGUCUAAGGGCGAAUUCCCGCACUCUUCCGGGUUCGUGCAGUCGAGGCUGAUGGCGUUCUUGGCCAUGACGCCCAAAGACAACUCCGAUGCCACUGCCGGACAUCUCCAGACGUUUUCAUCGGCGAGUGCACCUGCCGCUUUGGUAAUGCUCUACUUGUCUCCUCAUAAAGGUAACAAGGAGUGUGCUGACGGGUUAAUUCGGCAAUUUGUUAGUUCAAUUCAGACAAUGCUGCCGAAGGAGUUGCACGCACUAUGCGCACCUUUGAUGCUAGAAUUUUGCAAGUUGCUCCUUGGAGCUACUCGUGAUGACCCCUUGUAUUCAUUUUGUAGGACUACUCUUGGGUCAAUGUUGGAACAUAUCAGCAUUGGCCGAGGGUCUGAAAACACUUACAGUAGUAAAGAAUUGAUUGUAGUUAAGGAGAUCUUCCCAUUUGUUCGUGAGCUGGCAAAGAGAUUAUCGCUUGAUCUGGUGUCGAGCAUGGAAUCGCCAAUGACCUUGGGACCAUCAUCAAAUGAUGUCCAUGAUCUGACGGCAUUCCUGCUCCCCAUAAGAACUGCGAUCACAGAACUGGUGGGUGUUGGGGCUGAAAUCCCAAUUCAAUUAGCUGAGGAUAGCUUUAGCAUUCCCUUUUAUGGUGAAGAGAUUAACUUUCUUCAUGGUAUUUUUACUGGUCUGAUGGAAAAGAUGGAACAGUGUCUUCAGAAAAUGGAGGAUUACUUGGGCAUGAGAGAGAAAAGGGAAGUUGAACAUCUUCGUCUAGGAUGGUCCCAGUAUCUUGCUAUUCUGAGGGAAUUAAAUACACUUUCUAAAUUUUAUCAAGGCGCUCAAGAUCGAUUCUGGUCAAUUUUGAGGCAGAGAAAGGUUUCUGUAUGCUAUCUUAUUGUUACCUAUGCAAAGCGGUGCGAUGAUCAUAAAUGGCUUCUUGAGCAUAAGGAGGUCACAGAUUUUGAAUCUAGGAGGCAUUUGGCCUUGUUGAUGCUUCCUGAAUUGAAGGAUGACUAUGAGGAAGUUCAUGAGAUGCUAAUUGAUAGGUCUCAUUUGUUGGCAGAAUCAUUUGAGUACAUUGGACGGGCAGAACCUGAGGGAUUGCGUAGUGGUUUAUUCAUGGAGUUCAAAAAUGAGGAAGCUACAGGGCCUGGUGUACUGAGAGAGUGGUUUCUCUUGGUAUGCCAAGAAAUUUUCAAUCCUCAAAAUGCGCUUUUUAUAGCAUGCCCAAAUGAUCGCAGAAGAUUUUUUCCCAAUCCAGCAUCCAAGGUAGAUCCCCUACACCUUGAAUAUUUUAGCUUCUCUGGCAGGGUAAUUGCCCUUGCCUUGAUGCAUAAGGUGCAAGUUGGACUCGUCUUAGAUCGUGUGUUUUUCUUACAACUGGCUGGUAAGUAUGUGUCUUUGGAAGAUAUUCAUGAUGCAGAUCCUUGCUUGUAUAGCAGUUGUAAGAAAAUUUUGGAGAUGGAUGCUGAGAUGGUAGAUUCAGAUGCUCUGGGGCUAACAUUUGUGCUAGAAGUUGAACAGUUGGGACACAGGAAAAUUGUUGAACUUUGCCCAGGGGGAAAAAACGUUGCAGUGAAUAGUCAGAACAGGGAAGAUUAUGUUGAUCUUCUUAUUCAGCAUAGGUUUGUCACAUCUAUCAGCGAGCAGGUAGCCCGUUUUGCUCAAGGUUUUUCUGAUAUCCUUUGCAACUCAGAACUCCAGAAGUUCUUCCAAAGUUUAGAGCUUGAAGAUCUUGAUUGGAUGCUGCAUGGAAGUGAAAGUGUUAUUUCAAUUGAGGACUGGAUGGCUCAUACUGAAUAUAAUGGCUACAAAGAAACGGAUCCACAGAUACUCUGGUUUUGGAAGAUGUUGGGACAUGCAUGGCAAGAGAACAGAAGACCAUUAUUAGCAAGAUGUCGUGGGUCUUCUCGACAUCAUGAAAUACUUGACCACUGAAGGACAGUGAGGUUCAUAUGUAGUGAGAUUAUUUUGAGUUUGCUUAUAACAGUCUUUUCUGAAGUGAGAUGUGGCUGACAUGAGGCAAUUUAUCUUUUCUCUAGAGCUUCCAACAUGUAGCCAUUUUUAUUGGCAAAGGAAUUAUGGGGGUUUAGGGCACCGGGCUUUUACAGUCUGCAUAUUUGAUGAGAGCUCAGUGCUUUUCCAGCAUGGCUCAUUAUCACCUCCAAUCAAGCAAUUCUGUUCAUAGGUAAACUUAAUUUGUGGUGCCUAAGCAACAUUUAUUCAAUGAUUAUAUAGAAACUUAAGAUAAUCCAUAACUAUCAAUUUACAAUUAGUUUGAAUGAGGAGGCAAGUUCUUGUGAUCAAGCAUUCAAGGUAACCUUUUGUCUAAGAUACCCUUUCAUAUCUGAGUAGUAUACUCUGCUAAAGAUGAGUAGAUUUAUUAUAAUUUGAUCUGUUUUGAAGUCAUUUUCUGAGUCAAUAUGAUGAGGCCAUUGUGCUGCUAAAUUGAUACGUGGGUGCUGAUGGUAGAUAGGAUGUGAAUUUGUGAAGAAAAUGAUUAAGUGUACGGAUAAUGCACAUCAUUUCCAGGUGAGGCAUUCCUAGUGCUCAGCCUGAGAUGUUUAUUUCCCAGGUGCUAACAUUUAUUUUUGUUUUAUUUUUUACUUGUUUUGGAUUCCCUAAUUUUCUUACAAUGUCUUUUAUUUUUCUAAAGGUUUUUAAAGAAAUAAUGAAAUAGAUGUGUAAAGCAGCACUAGUUUACGGCUGGAUGAUGCAGAAUUGGUCUGAAAUAGGAAGGCUUUUUGAGUAACAGAGAAUGGGUUUGGAGUUAAUAACAUAAUUCAAGUUGGAGGCGUUACAACUCCGGAAGGUUGUGCUGUGCAUUCAUGCAAGCAAGAUGAAAUAAGUGCACAGAUUCUUUAUUUUGAAUUUUUCUCCCCGUUGACAUGCAAAAUGGUGCAUCAGUUGAGAAGAAAUAUAUCAAUGGAUGUUAAUACAGAAUUGAAUUGUCUAUGCAAAAGUAGUUAGGGGAUUGAUCAGGUUUCAUUGAGUCAAAUUUUUGUUCUAGUAUCCUAUAUAAAGACCAAGUUAAUGCCCCCUUCCCCAACCCCCACCACUAACUGAUUAUUUCUUUUAAUUUCUCGAGAAUC